AACUCAGUAAACCUUUGGAUGUUCUAGAAGGCCAGUAUUAGAUGACAGCUUGCGAAGCAACCAAAAUCGUCAAGAAAAUUACAUCAAUGAAUCAAGGAACAUAAUCAAGUUGGAAAUAUUCAGAUGGGAACAAGUUUCAGAAAUAACAGUUUUCAAUGGAAGUGCAUGGAAAUUUGUGUUGAUGAAAAAGAGCGCACUUGAGGGAGUACGAUCAUGUUGAAGAAGUGGUCGGGUAUUGCGAGGAAGAGCCUCGGGAAGAUCCAGACAGCGAAGAGCUCUGGGUCCGAGGAUGGGGGCGGAAGCAGCGGAGGAGAGGACGGUCCUGGAGCCUCUCUGGAGAACAGCGAACCGGAGCUGUGCAUCCAGCUCAUGAGGAUCCCCUCCAUCAACAACUACUCUGGACUGAAGAAGCGGAUCAAGGCCAGCUCCACGGAAUGGCUGGAGGGGUUCCUGGAGCUGGACGGUCUUGGAGUGCUCCUGGAUGUGGUAGAGCGGCUCUCGGACCGCGGGAUGAGCUUCACGGACGCCUACCUCCAGGUGGAGAUCGUCGGGUGCAUCAAGGCCGUCAUGAACUCCAAGACAGGCAUGGAUUUCCUGAUCGAGAGUGUGGAUUUCACCAGGAAACUAGCCAGAGCACUUGACACCAAGAACGUUCUUGUAAAGAAGCAGGUCUUUGAACUCCUAUCUGCACUCUGCGUUUAUACUCACGAUGGAUAUGAACUUGCUGUGGAUGCAUUGGAAGAUUACAAGAUGCAGAAGAACCAGCGCUACCGGUUCAGCCUCAUCAUCAAUGAACUCAAGACGGCGGAGAUCUUACCUUACAAGUCGACCCUUCUUGGUUUCAUCAACGCCCUGCUGAUAGCCACGGCCGACUUUGACGCUCGGAUUCACAUGAGAAACGAGUUCAUCGGACUCCAGCUGCUAGACAUCCUCACUGAACUCAGGCUUGAAUCGAAUGAAGGAAGAAAAAAUGACUCUGAAGACAGUGAGCUUUCUAUCCAGCUAGAUGUCUUCGAUGAACAGAAACUGGUUGAUGAUGAGGAGUUGAUGAGCUAUUACCCUGAUGAUGGAGUUGAUCUCAACAGCCCUGUGGAAUGCUUCCAUGCUAUAUUCAAGAAGGUUGGAAACAGUCCUCAGGCAGCUUCCCUUCUGUCCAUUCUCCAUGCCUUACUUCAGCUUGAUCCUGAUGACCAGACCUCUGAUGAUCUCUGGGAGCUUGCAGAUCGGUUGGUCAAUCAGGGCACAGCACUGGACAACCCUGAACAUAUUCAAAACCUCUUGACCAAAGGACUCACGGACAUUAUUCUUCUCUUGAGGAAAGGAUUAGAUCCGAUCACAGAGAAACCUGCAGUGUCUGCUCCGACAGUUGUCAAAGUGGACAAGGAGAUCCAGACUGAUGCUGUAGAGUUUGUUGAUCCAAGGACUAGUACAGGAGAUGUAAUUGUGGCAAGGACAGGAGCCCCACUUUUAAGUGCAGCACCUGCACCACCACCACCACCACCACCACCACCACCACCACCUCCACUUCCACCAGGGGUUGGUGCUCCGCCACCUCCUCCUCCACCACCACCUCCUCUUCCAGGUGGUUCAUGUAUCCCACCGCCGCCACCACCUCCAGGCAUGGGCGGGGCUCCACCUCCACCUCCACCUCCACCUUUUCCAGGUGGUGGUGUACCUCCUCCUCCUCCAUUCCCUGGAGGCGGUCCACCUCCUCCCCCUCCUCCACCCUUUCCUGGUGGUGGUGUACCUCCUCCUCCUCCAUUCCCUGGAGGUGGUCCACCACCUCCCCCUCCUAUAGGAGGAAUGGGCGUCCCUCGCCCCCCUGGACCACCUGUUGCCUCAGGACCUCCCAAGCCCAAGAAGAAGAUGAGAACUGUGAACUGGUCCAAGAUACCACCGAACAAGAUCAUGUCUCAACCUAACAUGACUGUUGGACCUAAUAGGAAUAUCUGGCGCCAGAUAAGUGAGCAUGGAUCUUCCAAGAUCAAACCGGAGUUUGCGAAUAUAGAAGAACUCUUCUGCCAGCAGGAGAAGAAGGCUAAAGAUGCAGCUGAUGGCGCAAAGAAGAAAAAGAAAUCUGCCGAGAUAAAUCUGUUAGAUGGUAAGAGGAGCCUGAACGUGAACAUCUUCUUGAAGCAGUUCCGAAUGCCCAAUGAUGCCAUCAUGACGUUGAUCAAGGAGGGUAACGUGGAGGGGUUUGGAGGAGUGGAGAGACUUAGAGGGUUGAUGAAACUACUACCAGAGAAAGAUGAGCUGGAAAUGCUCAAAGCAUUCAAGGGUGACCAAACAAAGCUAGGAGCUGCAGAGAAGUUUUACCUUCAGUUGUCACAGUUACCAAAUUAUGAACUGCGUAUUGAGGGUAUGAUGAUGAAGGAAGAACAUGCAGCAGCCAUUGCUUACUUGUCACCUGCCAUCAAUAUCACUGCUCAAGCUUCACAAGAUAUUCUGGAAAGCAAGAUGCUGGAAGAAUUUUUGGCCCUCAUCUUGGUCACAGGAAAUUACAUAAAUGCUGGUGGGUACGCGGGAAAUGCUAUCGCCUUCAAGAUAUCUUCCUUACUGAAGCUGCAGGACACUAGAGCCAACAAGCCAAGGAUGACUCUAAUGCAUUACCUGGUGGAGAUGGUUGCGGAAAAGGACCCUGAACUCCUCACCUUCCCAGACGAGAUGAAGAACCUGCCUCAGGCAUGCAGAUUAUCAGUGGACCACUUGAUAUCGGAAGUGAAUCAACUUCGGAAGAGCCUUUCCAAGGUCCAAAAACAAGUAGACUCAGCAUCGGAUGACAUCAAGGAACAGCUCAUGCAAUUUCUAAAGGCUGCUAAAAAAGAAGUAGGAGAACUUGAAGCAGGUCUGGCCAAGAUUGAGACUCUCUCAAAAGAGCUAGCUGCUUACUUCUGCGAAGAUGGGGCCACCUUCAAACUUCAAGAAUUCCUCCAGAUCUUUGACACCUUUAUCAAGCGCAUCAAGCAGUGCCAGGAUGACAAUGAAAAGCGAAAGAUAUCUGAGAAGAAAGCCGAGCAGCGGAAGAAGCAACGAGAGGAGAUGGAGAAGAAGAAGGCGGCGAGGGUGGCUGCAGGAGGGGUAGCUAGCGUUGGCCUCAGGGCACCGGAGGAAGAAGAGGAUGGAUGUCUCAUAGACAAUCUCCUCAAGGAUAUCAGAAAGGGCUUUGUUCUGAAGAAAAACAAGAUGUCUGCAGAUGAACCCAGCCCUGGCCAGAGCCCCAUUAAGGCAAAGAGGAGAUCUAUACGCCUAAGGUCGACCUCUUCCAGUAUAUCAGCUCUCUCUAGGAGAAGCAGUCGGAGCAAACUAGAGGAUGACACCAGUAUAAGUGACAGCAUUAGGAUGCCUAGUGUAGCAUCCAUCAGAGAGGAAGGAGGCGACAAGGGUAAAGGGGGGCAAGAUGUUGUGGAUAGGGGUAAUUCAUCUGAAGGUCAAAAGAGUAGGUUGGAUGCUGGUGAAGGGGCCGUUAAAGCCGGAAAGACCAUAGCGGAGAAUAAGACCGAUGGUAAUGUGGGAGUAGAGGCAGGAGAAGAUACUAAGAUACAGGGUAACGACAAAACGAUAAAGAAGGCUGAGACACUUUCAAAUGGUACAAGAAGUAGCGGAAGUAAAGCGAAAGAAGAUUCAUCCGGUGUAUGCUCCCCUGAUAUGCAUGGUGUUACCGGCAGUUACAUGAGCGAAGGAGGGGCAGGGGACGUGGAUCGACCCCCUCUGGUAGAAGCCAUGGUGAUUGAUGAGAAACAGAAUACCAGACCUGUUAGUAUGAGUGCAGGUUCGGUGAUGGCAUCCAUGAGCAGCGGGAAAGAUGUAAGUGACGGGAUGGCAUCAACCGCAAGCGAUGUCACGUCGUUAUCGAUGGACGAAAGCUGCGCAUCGACUCCUGCUGUAUCACGGCGGGAGGAUGAAGCAGGGGAUGGGACGACUGAUGCGAAAUCAGAUGAUGUGUUGGGAGAGAUCGAUGCACUGUGUUUGCAAGUUGAUGAGGAUAUCAGACAGAUGAAGAGGAGAUCCUUUAUUGAUGAGUCAAGUGUUGGAAGUGGAAAUAAUGGCCCUGUGGUCUUUGGGAAUGGCAGUGAUGCGCAUUGUGUAAAAGUGAAUGACACUCACGAGGGUGAAGCCCUGAAUGGGCAUCACUUAGAAGAGAGUGGUGGUUCCGUGUCACCACCUGUGCAGAGAAUCAAGGUUCCUGUUGCACAUCGGGACAUGAAAACCUCUCCUGCAGAAAAGAAAGGCCCCAUUGGGUCAUGGGUCUCGGACAUUAGAAAUUCCUUGCGAGGUAAGAAGGCCUCGACCUCCUCUCUCCAAACUGAGGAGAUAUUAGAAGAGCAGAGGAUGGGUGAGAACAUUGGUAGUGAUGGAGAAGUCAACUCUGUGAACUCUUCUCCGUCCAAGGAAUCUUGGAGCAAGAACAGCAAGUGCAGGGAAGGCGAUGACGAGUUAGACCUGAUGAUCGAAGAGAUGGAGGAGUUCAUCGAUAUCAGUUAUGAUACAGACCUCAACUCAAACAACAGUAACAACACGCCGCGAUGUAGCUUUGACAUCGAUGUCACUGAGGAUGUGGCCCUAGAGGUAGACAACAAAGCCAGCAUCCUGGAGGAAGAGGAUGAUGUGUUUGCUCCUGAAGACGGCCAAAACCAAACAGUUGAAAAUGAUCAUACAAACCAAGUGCCUUUACCGAGUGAUUUAGAUCAUGAAAAAUCAACAGCGUAUUGCCUCACAGGGAACAAAGUUGAUGAAGUCAAACCAAAUGAACCUCUUCCUCAGGUGGAUGACAAGGGUCCAAGUUUGGAUGUUCAGCUCCAACCCCAAAAUCAGGAAAUCGAUAAGAGACCAAAACUCACAUCCGCAACUCACUCUACCCAACAAGAGCUUACUGAACAAAAGUCAACGGCAGCGUUACCUAAGCAACCUGAGCAGAAACAUCCAGAAAAGACACCAGCGCAGCAGUCAGCAUCCAGUCAUGAAAUAAGAAUUGAUGUAUCAUCCUCCUCACCCACUCCACCUCGAGUCAACCUCUAUGCAAAUGAACAGGAUCAGCAUUUAUCGGAAGCUUCCCCUGAAAGGGGAGACUCAAAUUCAGCUACUCCAAAGACCGGAAAGCGCUCUCGUGGAGCCAGGCUCUACGCCUCCGUCUUCAAGCGCAAUCAAUCCAAACGCAGGAAGGACCCCCAAGCAGGAAGCAGCGGGUCAUCCCUAAUGGGUUCCCGUUCUUCCAACUUGGGCUUGGGUUUGUCCCCUCCUGACCUCAUCACGACAUCUGAAGCCAGUAUGGACAGCUCUAUGAAGAAGAAGAAGGGUGGGUUCUUUGGUUCGUUCCUUUCAAGGGGAAAGAAAAGCAAGAAGUACAGCCCUGAGAACAGAGCUACAGAUUCCAGCGGAACCUUUGAACAUGACGAAGACGACGCGAUCACGAAGGAGAAAAAAAUUGGAAGGUUUGCCAAAUUUAGACCAUCGAGCAAGAACACAACCAAGGCUAAAACAAAAUCUUUGUAGCAAGAAAGAGUUUUAUGCUGUUUUUUGUUUCACUUUAAAGUCAAAAGUGCCACAAUGCUUUAUUAUUUGUAGAAAGAUCCUUCUUUUUUUAUACAUCAAAUAUAACUUAUAGCUAAUUAAUUAUAAACUUUCAAAAUUGUAAAUCAAAUGUGAUUUAACCCAUGCUUAUUACAUGAGCCUAGAGCAUAUCGCUAGCAUUGGUGAGGAUUUGUUAUUGUUUGAGACUUGGUGAGAAUGAGUUUGAAAGAAAUUUCAUGCUAAAAAUAGUUCAGGAGGUUUUUUUUAAAUUAAAAACUACACUUACUUCCUUCUUAUUGGUACAAUAUGGUAAACCUUAAGAUCAUUACAGUAAUUGUUAAUUGUAUUAAUGUUUCUAAGAGAGUCGGUGAGGUUAUUCCCUAACACUGGGGCAGUAUGGGCAAAUCAACUUUCACCAUAUGUUCUUGUCAGACAUGCUUUGCUUAACAGCUAAUAGAAGCUUUUAGUUGUGAAAUAAUUAAGGUAGAGGAAAAUCUAAAUGGAAAAAUAAGUUUUAAAAAUACAUAUGUACGGCCAAUUCAACAAAGGCUGAUAAUGUUGCUAUCUGAUUUGCAUGCAUGUAGCUUUAAUAUGCUGUAAAAUUUUGGGUUUUGUUCGAGGAAUACUGAACUACUGUAUUUUCACAAUGUACAUUUUUAGAAUGUAUUUAAUUGUUCAAAGGAAGUUAUGAGAUUUUUUCAAAAUACGCCUCCAGACCAUUUCAUUAAUGAUUAAAUGAAAAAUUUGGAUUUUUUACUGGAUAUUUUACUUCAGAUGUAUUCUCUUGUUUUUUUUUUACUUAUGAAAGUUAGGAUGAAUUGAAAGAAACAAUUAGAAGCAAAAAUGAUAGCUUUCCAUUAAUUUUUUUCUAUCAUUUGUCAAAUGUCAUUCAUAACUUUGCACAAACAAGUAACAGGAUUUAUUGAUAUUAAUAUCAAAAAAAUUUAUAUUUUUGUAUCAACAGAUUUGUAUGUAAUUUUAUUGAAGUGUCAUCAUGGAUAAAUUGAUGUAUUUUGAAAAGGAAUUUAUUUAAGGAUGGGGUUUUAAAAAGGAAGGGAUAUGUGAAAGAUAUAACAAUUUAAAAGUCAUGGAAUGUCAAUGUAUAUUAUUUGCUAUUGGAAUUCUUGAUGACAAUAAUUCUUCUUUGAAUUAUAAUUGGCAUAUUUAACUUGCAUAUAUUUUCAAAUACUUAAAGCAAAUUAUCUGCAUUUGUCCAUUUAUUGUUGAUUUGAAAUGAAACAACUUUAAUUGCAAAAUAAUUACAAUAUUAAGUUUUUAUGUUGUAUCAUGUAUUAAUGUUUAAGGAAGUGGUAUGUAUAUGAUUUGCUUAUCAAGUCUUUUCAUGAAUUGUGUACAUAUUUCUUUUAUGCUUUCUUUUUCAUUCUUUUGUCAUUUUGAUUUAAAUAUUUUGUUGGAAAUUUGGUAGGCCCACUCACAAAAUUUCAAAUGUAGAUUUUGUUAAUACUUUUGAAGGGUGGUGAUGUACAUGUAUAUUAUGUGUGUCUGAAGUAUGCAUUCAUUUUACGUAGCAGUAUAUAAGUUGGUUUGAAUUUGUGAAUUUGCUUCCUUUUCUCUUCAUUAAUAUAAGUACAAUUAAAAAUGGUCUGUUCAAGGGUUAUUGACUUUUAAAGUAUACUGAAUUAAUUAUUUAACAAAUGAAAUAUCAAUAGGUAUGUAGUUUCAUGGACAGAUGGAGAGAUAUAUUAAAUCUACCAGGUAUCCAAUAUUUAUUAAAAGAAUAAUGUCACCUUCUGAGUGCCAAUAGGGUGUUAACUCAUAUAUUCUACAAAGAGUUAGCACCCUUCUGCCUCAAUAGAAACUAUUUUUAUAUUAAUAUUCUAUGUUGCCACACACAUGCACUUAUACAUCUGCAAGAAUCUUCAGCAGUGAAGGAGGCAGAUUAUCUUGAAGAGAAAAAAGGUAAUAUGCCAGUACAUAAAUUACUCCAAUUUUAAUGCAUUCAUGAAUCUCAUGAAACAAAUAUGGAAAAUGUUUCAUAUAAUUCCUCUUAAAUUUGAUUCAUUUUGCCAUGGUCUACUUGCCGUAAUGAAAACCAGACCAUCUGUAGUAUAUACUCUGCUAAGAACUGCAUAGAGAGAAGUCAAUGUAUUCACAUUAAUUCAUUACUUCAUACAAUAUGAUUUGUUUGAUGCAACAAAGCUUUGAUUAUGAAAUCAUCUUUUACAUUAUACACACAUGCGAUAUUAUUAUCAAUGAGGUCAUUUAUGUUAUGAUGCACCCUUGAUAUUUCAAUAAUCUUUUAUGUCACUAAUUAAUGGUUUUAGUUCUUAUGUUUCUCAUUAACAGUCUAAAGACUUUAAAGCAAGAUCCUUAUUUGAAAUAAAUCAUAUCAUUUAUCUUUGAAAUGAUUUUAUUGAGAUUUUCACCAUUUUUUCAUGCUCUCCGUGAUAAUCUGUUAUGAACUCAUCCAAGUUAUAAUUGAUAAUAGCAGUGAAACAUGUUUAUGCUCUAUUGUUUGAUAUUAAUCUCUGUUUGCUCAUACUCUUUUAAUCAUCCAUUUUCACCAUUCAAAGCAAUAAGACAAAUAUUUAAUACCCGCUUGCUAUAAUUCAUCGAUUUUAUUAUCUCUUUUAAUUAUGUAUAUAUUUAUUUCUCAUUAUCCUCUCAAUGACUUUCCAUUAUUUUCCAUCAUUUUGCGCUUCUCAUUUCUGUUCGUAUGGUUGUGAAUAUUUUACGUUGAAUAAUGGUAUAUGACGGACACAGUACUGGUGCUUUGAAAUGGCUAACUAUGACUGUAACGAGGUAUUUUAGGCAUAUGAUUAAUGAUAACAGGGAAAAGCAAAAUAAAAACAAAGCAAUAAUAAAAACAAAUAUACAAUAUA